AUGUCGUCCACCACACUCACCUCAACAAUGCACCGAUCGCAGAAUACACGCCCUUCCCGCACUCCCCCUCCAGUCGCCACAGAAUAUCAGCCCAGGCCGGCAUCCCAGUCAACUAUCGUCCCUUCAACAUCCCCUCCAUCCUCAAGCCACACUCCUCGUCGUCCAUCUGUGUCCAGCACCAUGCACUGGCUCUCGCGUAGCUCUACACAAGCACCAUCGUCAACAGCCUAUACGCCGACCAAGCCCAUAAAGGUCUCGGAGCCGAAGCUUGCCCGCAAAAUCGACUCCCUGACGCCCCCACAGCGCAGCGGAACUCUAGGCGAGGGUGCCACCAUCGUCCGCACUCCGGACGAGGCUCUACGCGAAACCGGCGUAAGACUAACCUUGGACAAGGACAAGUCUGCGUCCACCAGCUCGCGCAGCUCCGUAGACAAGAAAGAGAGGUCUACGAAGCCCCCCAAACCGCGUCCUGUAUCUCCUGCCAAACACGAAGAGCCUAUAUCACCGCCCACAAGCCCCCCGCUCCCUCCACUGCCACUUCAAGAGGAAGAUGAAUUCAGACUGCUCGAAACAUCGAGUACUGGGUCAAAGACACCUUCCAAGCCUAGCAGAGCGCCUCCUCCAGCCCCACUCUCUCCGACGCGUCGUUCAUCGCUGAAAGGUCCUCGUUCUAUUUCAAUGUCUACCUCCGAAGAGCCUGUACCAGUGCCCCCAAUACCAGCUCAUGUCGCCGCCUCCACCCAACCUCCGCCCUUCCAACCUAUCCUCAUCGCCGAGCCGUCGAUGAUCGUAGACGCGUCCAAAGUAAUCGUCACGCUCGAGACAUGCACCACAACAUACAGAACGACACUAACGACCCUCCAUUCACGGCCGUCCCAUCUCUCCAAUUAUCUUUCAUCCCUCUAUCGCGCAUCCGACACCAAAUCUGUCGCUUCCUCCAUCUACUCUACAGAAAGUGACGACAUGGCCAUGUACCGCAGUCAUCUGACUUCUCAGGGCCUUGCGCCUUUAUCCUCGAACAUCCACAUUUUCCUGGAUCGUCCCAGUGCUCCAUAUGCUCACAUCCUCAGCUAUCUCCGGUCGCUUGCCAUCGAGGGUCAGCCGGACUCCCUCCCUCGUGCCUUGCAGCUCCUGGGGUCCUCUCCCUCGCAGUCGCGUCUCGAGACGCUGAUCGAGGUGCGUGACGAGGCAGCCUACCUAAACCUCGAGGGCCUGUACAAGCUCUGCGCGGAAGAGAUCCGGCACCGAUAUGGCCCCCGGUAUCACCACCGCGGCAACAGCUCUGCGUCGAUCCACAGCCUGCAUGCCUCUGUCUACAGCCUGCACACGCUCCUCGAGAAGGUGGAGACUGACAUCAGGCAGAGUAUUAGCACGCCUGAAGCGGGUGUUGGCCUUGCUGCCAGGAGGAGCAAGCAGCCCAGUCCCUCUGGAGAGACGACUGCAAAAUUGCCGCCAACCCCACAAUCCUGGGAUGGUCCGCUGUUCCAGCGUAGCGAGAGCCGACAAUCCCAUUCAAACCCAAAAUCUGCUCCAGCUGGCUGGAUCUGA